AUGGCUAACCAUUUAGAUAGAGUUCAUGAAUGUGUUCCGCGAAUAUCGGCUCUACGUAGAAGAUGCCGAGCUGCAGGUGCUGUCGCUGCGUAUGUCGAUAGAUCCUACGCGCUCAACAUCUUCCUUCCUAAAACAAGAUUUGGCCUCAGUGAAAUCCAAUGGAAGCUCACUGGAGAUCGAAUCGAGAAGCUACUGUCAGAACUGGAUCAAGCCUAUGUAUCGGUAUGCAGAGGUUGUGUGUUUUUCAUGUGCAUGAGUAGGGUUCCCAUACACAUAUACAAUAUGAUCUAUUCUAAGAGCUCAAGUGAAUCAAAGGAGUUUCGUCUCUUUUGGCAGGUCACAAUUCCAAAGAUGAAGAUCGAGACCACAUUCGAACUCAAGGAAGCUCUCAGUUCUCUGGGCAUCUCAGACAUAUUUGGUUUCAAUGCCGACCUCAGUGGAAUUGCUGACCCACCUCCACCGCUCAUCUCACAAGCCACUCAUAAGGCAAUCAUUGAGGUUGAUGAGGAUGGCACGACGGCGGCAGCGGCCACAUUGUUCAAAGCCCAAUGGAAGUCGUUAAGAGUCACUGUACCUAUAGAAUUCCGUGCGGACCAUCCAUUUUUGUUCAUUCUAACCAAAGAUAAAAAUCCUCUGUUCAUGGGUCAAUUUAUGUGA